AGCAGGAGGCAGCUCAUACAAUGCCUCUGAAGGAGCUGUUGCUUCCGUAAUUGCCAGUGGCCUCUACUCAGCUCAGUGGAAACCUUGUGCCUGCAGAGAGAGCACCUCAAGUUCUGCUUCCUGGGGCCUGAGSUACUGCCCUCCUUUUCAAGGCUGCAGCACCAACAUGGAUUUUCUCAUCAUCUGUCCCUUUCUGCUGUCACUGCUGCUAUCCCAGGGCAGUUUCACAGAGCUGGAGAAACAGCGAGUAGACUCUGGCUUGGAAAUCUAUAAGAAGCUGUUUGAGGUGAAGCGCAAGGACCAGAUGAACGCUUUGAAGAACUUGAUUGAGCUCAAUGACAUCAACCAGCAGUAYAAAAUCAUUGACAUCAUGCUCAAGGGACUCUUCAAAGUGCUGGAGGACUCUCGUGCUGUGCUCAUCGCCGCCGACGUGCCUCCUGAUGGGCCCUUCCCUCAGGACGAGAAGAUAAAGGAUGCAUACUCCCACGUGGUGGAGAACACUGCCUUCUUUGGGGAUGUCGUCCUGCGCUUCCCCAAGAUUGUGCACCACUACUUCGACCGCAACUCCAACUGGAACAGCCUCAUCCGCUGGGGCAUCGGCUUCUGCAACCUGACGGGUGUGUUCGAGCARGGACCCCACUCCCAGGUCCUGCGGCUGAUGGCUCAGGAGCUGGGAAUAAGUGAGAAAUCGCCCGAUUACCGCAAUCCCUUUAAAACGGACCAGUCAGAGUUUUUCCCCAGUACUGACACMUUUCAGAAGGCGCUGAGGGAUGAGGAGAAGAGAAGGAAGAAGGAGGAGAAGCGGAAGGAGAUCCGCAAGGGCCCACGCAUCUCCCGCUCACAGUCGGAGCUGUAGCAUGCAGGGACUUGUGCCUUGCAGUGGGGGUGACACCACUGGGACAGAGUGGCUUGCUCCCUUCUCAUCAGCCUUGGGCUAGUGCCUGGCAGUUCCCUUUCCAUUUGUGCCGUGGGUUUUGUUUUGUUGCCUUUCCUAUUCAUUCAGUGGAGGUUGGUGGUGGUGCUGGUGGGUUGCCCCAGUCGGGCUAAAGUGGGAUAUCCCUUCCCCAGAGGUAAAGCACAGAUAGGAAAGCGGUGGGGCCAAACCCCGGUCAGAGUGUUGCUGCCGAUGGGUAAGUAGGGUGUGAGGGACACGCCCCUUGCUGAGGCCAGGGAUCCCUCCUCCCGCAGCACGCCCCACGCUGAACGUGCCUCCUCCGACAUGGGUGGGCUGGCGAGUGCAUCGCACCAAACAGCCUCAUGAGCAAUGCUGCUUCUCAGUUUUGGUUUUCGUUUUGUUAAACGGAUGAUCUCAUUGGCACCCCCACUGGGUUUUACCUGGUCUCUGCACAGCUGCUACCUCUGCCAGAUCAGCCCUCCCCUUUCCCCAGCGGCUGUUUCACCGAGCCACACGCGUUUCAUGGUCCAGAAGUAGCUGAAAAUGCCGAUGGCAGCUGUUCCUGGCCAACAGCAUCCCAUGGCCACCGCAGGGCAUUCCCGCAGAGAGGCAAACAGUCAAUUAUUGGACAGGCUGCGGUACGUGGCCUCCUUGCAGCCAGUGGGUGGCUGUAGUGCAGGCAGUGGGGAUGCUGAAGAUGCUGGAGAACCARCCCAUAGCCACUGAGAGCCUCUCCUGCACCCCAUGCCCCGUCCCUCCUCUUGGGGCUCGUACUCUCUAAAUGAGUCCUCAAAGUCCCUUGUCGGAGGCACAGCCAGACGAGGAAGAGCAUGUGGAGAUAGCUGGUCCGAAGCAGGGAGGGAGCCGCCUCAGGGGCUGCGACCCUCCACCGGGUGUCUGGGCUGCGGUGGCGGCACAAGCCGCAGGACCCGCCACACACACGCUGUGAUUCUCACCGACGCUGAUGGCCUCGCACCAGAGCCGGCCCUUGCACAGGGCCCGUCCCCAAAGAGCGGGUGCCCCGUGCCGGGCUGGCGGCAUCACAGCCUUGGAGGAAAGGGAAACCUCCCCAAUUUUUUAACAGCAGAGCCAAGUCCCUCCAGUGGGGGGAGGGCGUUGCAAUGGGCGCAUUUGUUUCUUCUUGAAUAAAAUUGACUUUUUUUUUUU